UUGCGCGUGUGCCAUGGACUCAGCCGCCCGGUGAUAUUGACAAUAGGAGAGAGAAAGGGGCAUUGACGGGGACCCACCGCGGGUACCAAAGGGCGGCUCUGGCAGCGGCGGCUCCAGCUCCAGCGGCUCCUCCUCCUUCUCCUUCCUUCUCCUGCUGCCGCUGCGGAUCCAGUCUUCCUCCCUCCCUUCCCCCCCUCCCCACGUCGUCGCCGCCGCCGCCGGGUCCGGGGCAACAAGCAGAGGCGCCGCCCGCCGGGAAUGUGAGCGAGGAGCCACCGGCGGAGCCGCAACGGGGUCGGUGCCGAUUUGAUGGGACGGGCCCGCGGGGGAGGAUCGUGAGGCCGCCGCCGCCGUCGCCGCUGCCGGAGCGCUGAGGUUCAGGUCCGGCCGUGAGGCCUAGAGGCGCCGCCGCCGCGGAACCGGAGGGACGCCGCGCCGGACAGCCGUCGCCCCGGGCUCCCUGCCGCUGUCCGGACCUCCCCCAUCACGUCCCGGUCCCGCCACCCGCCCCCGCUGCGGCCCUCUCGUCGGUCUCCCGCCCCUCGAAACCACAGAUCAUCUUCGGAUUCUUCCCCAGAAGCUUCAAGUAGGGAUAUGUCCUCAGCACCAACUACUCCUCCAUCAGUGGAUAAAGUAGACGGAUUUUCUCGGAAGUCCGUCAGAAAAGCCAGACAGAAGAGGUCGCAAAGUUCCUCACAGUUUAGGUCCCAAGGCAAGCCUAUUGAGUUAACACCUCUGCCGCUGCUAAAAGACGUUCCAUCCUCAGAGCAGCCUGAACUGUUCCUAAAGAAACUUCAGCAGUGCUGUGUCAUUUUUGACUUCAUGGACACGCUAUCUGAUCUUAAAAUGAAAGAAUACAAGCGCUCCACUCUUAAUGAACUGGUGGACUACAUUACAAUAAGCAGAGGCUGUUUGACAGAGCAGACUUACCCUGAAGUAGUUAGAAUGGUAUCUUGCAAUAUAUUCAGAACUCUCCCUCCUAGUGACAGCAAUGAAUUUGAUCCAGAAGAAGACGAACCUACCCUUGAGGCAUCAUGGCCACACUUACAGCUUGUAUAUGAAUUUUUCAUACGAUUUUUGGAAAGCCAAGAAUUCCAACCCAGCAUUGCCAAAAAAUACAUAGAUCAGAAAUUUGUAUUACAGCUUUUGGAGCUAUUUGACAGCGAAGACCCUCGGGAACGGGACUACUUAAAAACAGUCUUACACAGAAUUUAUGGCAAAUUUCUUGGUCUUAGAGCAUUUAUCCGAAAACAGAUUAACAAUAUUUUUCUAAGGUUUGUUUAUGAAACAGAACACUUCAAUGGUGUAGCUGAACUGCUGGAAAUAUUAGGAAGUAUUAUCAAUGGCUUUGCUUUACCUCUUAAGGCAGAACACAAACAGUUUCUGGUGAAAGUGUUGAUCCCUUUACACACUGUCAGGAGCCUGUCACUCUUCCAUGCCCAGCUGGCAUAUUGCAUAGUACAGUUUUUGGAGAAAGAUCCUUCACUCACAGAACCAGUUAUUAGGGGGUUAAUGAAAUUUUGGCCUAAAACAUGUAGUCAGAAAGAGGUCAUGUUCCUUGGGGAGCUGGAAGAAAUAUUGGAUGUGAUCGAACCCUCACAGUUUGUUAAAAUUCAGGAACCUUUGUUUAAACAAAUUGCCAAGUGUGUAUCUAGCCCCCAUUUUCAGGUGGCAGAAAGGGCACUGUAUUAUUGGAAUAAUGAAUACAUCAUGAGUUUGAUAGAAGAAAACUCGAAUGUCAUCCUUCCCAUCAUGUUUUCCAGUCUUUAUAGGAUUUCAAAAGAACAUUGGAAUCCGGCUAUCGUGGCGCUAGUGUACAAUGUGUUGAAGGCCUUUAUGGAAAUGAACAGCACCAUGUUUGAUGAGCUGACAGCCACAUACAAGUCAGAUCGUCAGCGUGAGAAAAAGAAAGAAAAGGAACGUGAAGAAUUAUGGAAAAAACUGGAGGAUCUGGAGUUAAAGAGAGGUCUUAGACGUGAUGGCAUAAUUCCAACUUAACAGAAGUAAUGACAGCACCAUCACUAACCUGUGGAGUCACACAUUUAUGUAGUAGAAGAUGGAGCAACAGUUUUCUGUAUUGUGCAACUUUGCAGUAGAUUUCACAUUUGUUUCAUUAUUACAACAGCACUGUAUAUACCUGUCUCUAAGUAAAGGAAAAAAAAAAUAAGGACUUCAGUCCAAAGUUUGGACAGUAGAUGGACUUCUCAGAACUUUGCAAACAUAAUCAUUGUUCUAACCCUCUUUAAAAAACAAAAACAAAAAACAAAAAACAAAAAAAAAGCAGUCUUCAGAGAUCUGUUGAUGAAAUUGCUAUGUUAAAAUUCUAUUAUCAGGAGUUCCUUAUUUAUCCUUAGCAGAGAGUAUGAAACAACUUUCAAAUGUGAACAAUCUUAAAUUUAGCUUGUCUUUCUGCUAAGCUGUUAAAUGUAUUUAUAGUAAAGGAAGAAAAAAAAAAAAGACUGUCAUUUCCUUAUCAGUUUGUAUAACAUCCUCCUCUGGAUAACUUGACUGUAAUUUAACAUCUUUUCCUUUUGCACAUCUUCAUGAGUUGAAUGUCCAUGUGGAAGGGGGCCAUGAAUUGUAAAGGUCCCUGACAAAAGUUUUGUUUACUGGAGUGAACAUCUUUCCAGUAACCAGGUAGUCCUGGUACUCCUUUAGUUUUAAAAUUAGGAGUAAAAGAGAAGAGGUGAUAAACAUAGUAGGGAAGGGAAUUUUGGAUUCACGCAUCUAGUUUAUGGUGAAUCCAAAUCAAUGUCUUGAAUCCUUUGAAAACAGGACAUCGUAGGCUUCAGUACCUGACCAGUAUUAGUUGCAUCCAUCAUUGAACACACAUACCAGAGAUGUUUGAGAAAUGUCAGAAAACAUCCUUUUGGACCAUUUUGUAAUAAGAAAGACAAACACUAAACAGUACAACCACAAGAUCGAUCACGAGGAUUGCGAAUCUAAUUGGGAAGAGAGUUGAGCAAACAGCUUGGACUGUUUGGAGUUGUUGCCUUACUUUUUAAUAUGUAUUUAUAAAGUAUUCCAGCAAAAGAGGAUGUAGCCUCUGGGACAAACAAACAAACAAACAUAUUACAGUGUUUUUUGUAGAUUCUCAUUCUAUAUCUCAUCACAGCGCCAGCCCUGUUUUUAGCCAGAAAGGAUUCAGGAUAAACACGACUAUGCAUUCCGAAUUGGAUGCAUAUUCCUAACUACUGUAUUUGUUACCAAAAGCGGUUCUACAAAUGCUACUGAAAAAAAAAAAUCUGGAAAUCCCUAAUGUCCUGAGUAUUAAUAAUAAAGUUUAAAAAUGCUUUUGUAUCAAAGGUGCAUUGUGACCAAAUUGUUUAAGAAGAACACAGAACACAAAUCAAAAUUUAGGGCUGUCUUAUAGAUCUAUAUCUUAUUGGCUCUCUGCUUUGUAUUUACAAGAGGACUCUUACAUCUUGGGGAGAUAAAAUGCUGAUGAAAUUUGUGUCCAGUAUGUACUUCCCUGAUGCGGUUGCAUUAUUAUGUACUGAAAGAUACAUAUUUUGGAAUUUAUUUUCAGGAUGCUUUUGCUUGUGGACGCGGCAGCAGUGAGUUGAUAAUCCUAAACCAACACCUCCAGCAGUAUUCGUGGCAGAGGGGCUGAUUCCGUGUUCAUGUACUGAAUUGUGAUGGUAGCAAACAUGAACAUAUGAAAUGUUGUUGCUCUUCGUAGAAAUAUACUAUCAUUAUGGACUUGUAUAUUUUCUUCCUUCCACUUCAGUAUAAAGUAGAAUAUGCAGUUUUAUCAUUUCCAAGAAAAAAGAAAAAAAAAAAAGCCGCUGACCUUUCUCCCCUGUUAAGUGUUUCAGGAUUAUCAGGUCACAGUUUGUGUGUGAAAAGUCCGCUAAUUAUGGAUAUUGUCAUCUCAGUAACUUUGUAAAACAAAAACAAAACUUGGCUAUGUUAAUUCUCAAAAAGAAACCGCAGUAAAAAAGUCAUAUGCAACACCCAACACAACAUGGUUUAAUGGAAUGAAGAGAUUUUUUUUUUUUUUUUUAAAGAACCUUAAUGGGGAUUCAAUGUAAAGCUGGCAGAGGCUGCCGAAAUGAAAAAACUUACUUUAAAAGUGCUGGAGCAAAGGUGCAAGUUCAAACACUAAAGAUAAAAAAUAAAUUUGUAACAAAUCAUCUCCUUUAGCUCUUUUGAUUUGAGCCCCAUUAGUUUUGAGUCUGCAUUACAUUUGUUUCUGACAGUAUAAACUUGUUUGCCAUUAAUUCAUCUUUUUAGAUAGAGGACAUUUAAAAUCACAGGUCAUGGACUCCCCCUGCCCAUUACAACGAAAUGCAGUCAUUUGCGAUGAGAAAGACAAGGAUCCUGUCUUGCACCUUUCCCUGCCUCCAAGCAAAGGUGAGGACUGCACAGAUACCCUUGAAGUUGAAUCUGUAAUGUUGACCAUUCCAAACCGAGAAGAACAAAACCGAGUUUUAGACAUACAUGCAGAAGCAAUUAUAAAUACAUGUCUAAAAUGUAUAGGGCAACUUCUGAGAAGAAACACUGUCUUUUGUUUUAUAAACAGAAAGUGACAAUGUGACAUCUGUCAUGUUGUAUCUGGUGGCGCAGAGUAACUGAGGUGACCUGACUGUUGCACUCUGUGACAUAGUCAAGGCCGUACUUGCUGCAUUCACAGCAGCCCUCUCUCUCUGUCCUUUCCCAUAUUUCUGCUGUUGCUGCAGCCUGACUUAAUUGUGACAAAUGCAUCUUUGUGUUCUAUUUUGUUGGCUUCAUAAUCUCCAGAACUAUAUAUAAAUAUAUUUUUUAAAUAGCAAAUAUUGUAGUUAGUGAGUGACGAUCACUCCAACCUCAUCCCUACCAUAUUGGUUUUAGGGGUAGGAUAAAGAGUGUCUUUGGAAGGAGAAAAAAAAAAAAAAACAACAACAAAAACA